AUGACAGGAAGAAGAAUCGGAAAUAUUAAAGUUGGUGCAGCAAUCUGCUCAAUUCUCCUCCUUGCUCCAGUAGUUCUCUCGCAGAAUUCACUACAGAUACCAGCAGAUAAAUCCCAAGUGAAUGCUUGGUUUAACGCCAAUAUCAAGCCUGCGUCAGCUAGGGCUGGCACCCUAGAUCCUGCUCUUGCUCGGGCUGAGGCUGAACCUAAAAUCAUAAAGAUAAGCAAAGGUGGCGGUGGAGAUUUCGAUACCAUAACCAAAGCCAUUGCGAGCAUUCCAUCAGGGAACACGAACCGUGUAAUUAUAUCGAUUGGACCUGGAUCUUAUAGCGAGAAAAUCAAAAUUGAGCGAACUAAACCAUUCAUUACAUUGUACGGGGAUCCCAAAAACAUGCCAAAUUUGCGCAUUAGGGUACGGAAGCCAGUAUGCGGAACAGUAGACAGCGCCACUCUUAUUGUUGAGUCUGAUUACUUUGUUGCUGCUAAUCUCGUUAUAACGAACGCUGCUCCGAAGCCAGACGGAAAAAGGGUGGGAGCACAAGCGGUUUCCUUAAGAAUCUCUGGCGACAAGGCGGCUUUCUAUAACUGCAAGCUUGUUGGUUUCCAGGAUACUUUGUGUGAUGACAGGGGCAACCAUUUCUUUAAGGAUUGCUAUAUUCGAGGCACUGUUGAUUUCAUUUUUGGAAGCGGGAAAUCUUUGUAUCUGGGCACGGAAUUAUACGUGGACGGGGAUAAUGGACUUACGGUAAUUACAGCACAAGCCAGGGAAAGUUCAUCGGAGAACACUGGUUAUUCCUUCGUGCAUUGCAGCAUUACUGGGACAGCGAGCGGCACAUAUCUGGGCAGGGCCUGGAAGACCAGUCCUAGAGUUGUGUAUGCCUAUACUGACAUGAGCAGCGUCGUCAAUCCUGCUGGAUGGUCUGAUAAUUUACAACCUGAGCGUGCCAAAACUGUUUUCUAUGGAGAAUUCAAGUGCACAGGAAAAGGGGCAGAUCCCAGUGGACGGGUGGCAUUCGCCAAGCAGCUAAGUGAGGCGGAAGCCCAACCUUUCCUGGUUCUUGGCUACAUUGAUGGCACCAAAUGGCUGCUUCCUGCUCCAAAGAUCUGA